AUAAACACAGAGCUCCCGUCCUCUGGUUAGCAGUCGAGCCGCUGCACCGCCCGUCACUUUGCCUCCAGAGGCACAACGUGACCAAACCAAGGCCGGAGGAGAGGAGCCCGAGAGCACCAGGAUGGAGAAGGAUUCUCCAUCCAAGCCGUCUGUGGCUGAGCUGGCUGGAAGGUUCAAAGGUCAUGUACUCCCGAUGCCCGCAUCAAAUGAAGAGAGGCCGUUUCGAAGACCGCCGUGUUCCCUCAAACUGCAAAACCAAAAAGAUGACAGUGAGGAAUCAGAUAAACCUACCGCCGUCUCCUCAAAUCCCUUUAAAAUCAAGAUGAAGAAUUCCCCCAUCAUUGAGAAGCUGCAGGCCAAUCUCGCUUUGUCCCCCACCGCUCUGUUGCCUUCACCCAAGAGUCCUGAAGUGAAGCUGCAGCCCGCACCGCUGUCCCCGACGGCCCCCUGCAGCCCCCAGAGCCCCACCCUGAGACCCUCACAGCAGUCCAGCGAGGACGAGGACGCCGUCAGCUUUGAAACUCCCCCCGAAGGCACCACACUGCCCAGCAUCAACAAGACUCGCGCACGGCUGUCAUUCAAGAGGCGACCGCCCACGAGGCAGCACAGGAGGUCAGCUGGAGAGGAGGCCGCAGGCUUUGGGAGCAGUCUGUCCCCGAGUGAACUGUCGAACACAAAGGAAAACGGGGACAGGGACCACGUUUUUGAGAGCCCGGAAGAGGAAGCCGAAGAUGGGCAGCAAGCCAGUCUGAGAGGACCCGAGGAGAGGGACAGGGACUGUGAAAAGACAGAGGACGAGGUAGCGGAGAACGACCUGACCAAAAGAGGAAGUCCAGACUCCCAGAUAUCAGGGGAGCAGACAGCAGAACAGCCCCAGACCUUAGAGGCUUUGGAGGGGGAACGACAACUUUUAGAGUCUAGCUCUGCCAUGCCAACAGGGGGCAGCAACAACUUAAAGGAGAGGGAAGAGGAAGAGCUGGAGGAGGAGGAGGAGGAGGAGAUUCCUCAGGAGGCACACCAAGCAGAAAGAAGUGACAGGGUGUGAACUGUGAAUGUUUACAUUAAGAAAACAAAUAUAUGAAUGUCAAUAAGUUAUUCAUUACUUUGAUUAAGCUCUUUAAUACUCAUCAGAUUCCAGACGUUGUUCUUUUUUUUCUUGGUACCUCUUCUGUUUUAAAUGUGUUAUUGCCUCUGUCUCCCUCUCCUGGUCGGCUGUAUGAUGAGUCUGUAAACACUGGAGAGUAAUGGAGAGACCUCUCCAGUCAUAGAAGCGGCUGUUUCCUGUACAUGGAAAUAAGCAUCCUGAUGAUAUUAUAUCCAUGUUCAAGCAGAGGAAGUGUGCUUCUUGUUGCACCAGAUCCUCACAGCCACACAUAUUUUUAUCAUUAGUAGCAUUUCUUCUUUAUUAAGAGUCGGGCAGACAGUGUUAAGAAUGCUCUUCCAUGCCAGAGGACAGAGCAGUUUGGAGAUACUGAACGCUGAGUUGGCAAGAAGCAAAAUUAUUAUUAAAAAAUGGCCACGUAAUACACGUGCAGAUAUGUAAAAUGUGAAGUUCUGACAUCAUACCAAAUCACCCUCACUUUAGGAUAAUGAAAUUGUGUGUUUUGCUUAAAUAGUUUAAUUAUGGUGUAUCUUGGUCUCUUUGCUACUUUUGUUUCUCUUUUGUAUGCCUUGCAAAAUAUUGAAAUCACAACGCUACUGUAGAGUGGCUCCAGUCCUCAGCAUUUAUGUACAGAAUACGUAAGAAAAUAAAGACUUUCCUUUAUAUUAAAAAAGUAUUACAUACUGUAAUGUUAAUAUUUGACAAUGGUGUCAGUUAUGGGUAUUGUAAUGAAGCCAAAGUCAAUAGUAGACUUGGAAAUCAAAAAAUGCAAGGACUUAUGACUGCAUUAUCUCCAGAGACAUUAAUGCCAGGGACACUAGUUAGUCAGGUUCAGCCAAAAAA